UCCCGCCGCGCCUGCCUGGUGGCUCGCUUCAGCGCCAUCGGCGCCCAGGAGCGCCUGGAUGCAGAGGCCCUGCUGAGGACGUACAUCAGUGACGCCGAGAUGGUGCAGAGGAUAAUAUACAUUGCAGCUGUGGAGUCUUUUCAUGCAGCAAAGAUGGCCUACAGGCAGUUCAAGUUACGUGUAAGAGACACUCUGUCUCUAGGUCACUCGGGGCCCGAGUCACUGGAAGAUGCUGUCCUGGAUUAUAUAGUUCGCCAUGAGGAUCUUUAUGAUGUGCAAGCCAGUGUCAAUGAAGUAAUUCACUCCAUGAACAUCAACCCAAAGAUUUCAUUUCCACCAGAAAUUGACUUCAUUGUGAUCAGGACUUUGAUUCGAGAGUUGUGCCGUGUGGCUUUUUCAAUGCAGACACUUCUGCCUCCCCUUGAUAUUGCCUUUGGUACUGAUGGAGAACUUUUCAGUGAGACCAA